AUGUCGAGCAACCCCGGAAACAACACGGCCCAGCCGACGGCGGCUAACACGGCAAACCCGGUAGAGCCGGAGGUCACGUCCGGGAACGCGAAGGCAAGAUUACCGGCUGCAAACCAGAGAGACUGUUUGCUAAAGCUUGUGGUCAGCAUAUUUACGUCCUCUACGGCGUCGGUCAGCGACAGUAUUCGGGAGUAUCGCGAACUUCAUGGCCGAAGCUUCACCCAAAAGACGGAAUACUGGGGGCCCAACGAUGAGCAGCAAAACGAUGCUUUGGACUUCAAUCAUUUCUGGCUCACCAACUUCUUUGACGGCAGGCUGUUCUUGGCUCCGAUUGGUGACAACCCCCAAAACAUAUUGGAUAUUGGCACCGGCACUGGUAUUUGGGCCAUCGACUUUGCCGACGAGUAUCCUUCGGCGGACGUCAUCGGCGUUGAUAUCUCCCCUAUCCAGCCUUCGUGGGUGCCUCCGAACUGCCGGUUUCAGAUAGACGAUUUCGAGAAGGACUGGACGUUCAACCACGGAUUCGACUUCAUCCAUGCCCGCAACCUCGAAGGUUGCAUUUCAGACCUGCCAAGAUUGUUUGAGCAGUGCUUCACCUACACGAAGCCGGGCGGCUGGUUUGAGAUCCUGGAGUUCGACAUCGAGGUUCGCUCGCAAAGUCUGGGAGACCUCGAUGAAGAUCACAUCUUCAAGAGGUGGCAUCAGCACAUGUUGGUCUCCUCGGUCAAGAUGGGAAAGCCGCACGGCAACGCGGUUGACCGCAAACUUACAAAAGCCAUGAUCAAUGCCGGCUACGUUGACGUGGUUGAGCGGAAGUGGCCCAUUCCUAUCGGGACCUGGCCCGCCAUGCCUGAGAUGAAGAGACUGGGGUCCUGCACAUUGGACUUUCUUGAGCAAUCACUUGAGGGAUUCGGACUUUUUCUCCUAAAGGAAAUAUUGGGCUUCACCUACGAGGAGGUCCAAGUCACGCUUGCCGAGCUGAGAUCGGCGCUGCGUAACCCAAAGAAUACUCCACUCUACUAUCUGCAUGUGGUGUACGGUCGCAAGCCUGAGAAGGCGGAGGGUGACCAGUAG